GGAAGGUGUGAGCCGCAAACCCCGAGGAGGGCGGGAAGGAGGAGGAGGCCCCGUGGGGAGGUCAGGCGGACUGGGGUCCCGCCGGCAGAGUCCCUCCGCCGCCGGACCGACGCGGGCUGAUUGUGGCGGCCUCGGGUCGGACACUUGGAGAGUGCGGCGCGGUGAGCGGAGCCAUGGCCUCGGGUGGGUAUAACCCAUGUAUAGAGAUCAUUGAACAGCCCAGGCAGAGGGGCAUGCGUUUUAGAUACAAAUGUGAAGGGCGAUCAGCAGGCAGCAUUCCAGGGGAGCACAGCACAGAGAACAACCGAACAUACCCAUCUAUCCAGAUUAUGAACUAUUACGGAAAGGGAAAAGUGAGAAUUACAUUAGUAACAAAGAACGACCCAUAUAAACCUCAUCCUCAUGAUUUAGUAGGAAAAGACUGCAGAGACGGCUACUAUGAAGCAGAAUUUGGACAAGAACGCAGACCGUUGUUUUUUCAAAAUUUGGGUAUUCGUUGUGUAAAGAAAAAAGAAGUAAAAGAAGCUAUUAUUUCAAGAAUAAGGGCAGGAAUCAAUCCUUUCAAUGUCCCUGAACAGCAGCUGCUUGAUAUUGAAGAUUGCGACCUCAAUGUGGUGAGAUUAUGUUUUCAAGUUUUCCUCCCUGAUGAACAUGGUAAUUUGACAACGGCUCUACCUCCUGUUGUCUCUAACCCAAUUUAUGACAACCGUGCUCCUAAUACUGCAGAAUUAAGGAUUUGUCGUGUGAACAAGAACUGUGGAAGUGUCAGAGGUGGUGAUGAAAUAUUUCUACUAUGUGAUAAAGUUCAGAAAGAUGACAUAGAAGUUCGGUUUGUGUUGAACGAUUGGGAAGCAAAAGGUAUCUUUUCACAAGCUGAUGUACACCGUCAAGUAGCCAUUGUUUUUAAGACUCCACCAUAUUGCAGAGCGAUAACAGAACCAGUGACAGUAAAAAUGCAGUUGCGGAGACCUUCUGACCAGGAAGUUAGUGAAUCUAUGGAUUUUAGAUACCUGCCAGAUGAAAAAGAUACUUAUGGCAAUAAAGCAAAGAAACAAAAAACAACUCUACUUUUCCAGAAACUGUGGCAAGACUGUGCAGUUAAUUUUCCUGAAAGACCUAGACCUGGUACCCUAGUAUCAACUGGAGAAGGAAGAUUCAUCAAAAAAGAAUCAGACUUUUCUCAUGGUGCAGUUUUGACAGAAAUGCCCAGGACUUCCGGUGUUUCAAGUCAAGCAGAUUCCUACUUUUCCUCACCUGUGUCCAUCUCAAAUGCACUGUCACAUCAUACUUCACCCAUACCUUCCAUGGUGUCUCAGGCUUCUUCCAGUUGGUCGUCAGGGGCCCACCCCACCUCGCGCACAGUCAGUACGAAUCCACUGAGUGAUUUUUCAACAGGGACACUCUCCUCUAAUCCACAAGGUAUCUCACCAUAUCUGGAAAUGCCUCUUGAGCGUGAUUUGAAUGCCUCUAAUGCUUGUAUUUAUAACCAUUCGAAUGACAUAGGCAGAAUGGAAGCACCAUCCAUGUCACCAGCUGAUUUAUAUGGUAUUUCUGAUGGCAACAUGCUGACGAAUUGCCCUAUGAAUAUGAUAACACCUAGUAAUGACAGCAUGAGGGAGACUGAUAAUCCGAGACUUGUGAGCAUGAAUCUCGAAAACCCCUCAUGUAAUUCAGUGUUAGACCCGAGAGACUUGAGACAGCUCCAUCAGAUGUCCUCUCCCAGCAUGCCGGCAGCCGCUGGCUCCAGUACGGCUGCGUUUGUUCCACAGCCGGAGGCAUUUGAGAGAUCUGACUUCAACUGCACAGAUAACAGUAUGAUGAAUGAGGCAGGACCAUCAAACGGUACUAAUCCAAACAGUCAUGGUUUUGUUCAUAGUCAGUAUUCUAGUAUUGGCGCUAUGCAGAAUGAGCAAUUAGGUGACUCAUUUGCAUUUGAUUUUUUUCAAGGUAACUUGUAAAACUUAAAUGGUUGUUUGGGUAUAUUGAAUUCAAAGCUGGAAAGUAUCAUAUAGGGGAAAUUCUGAAAUAGAAAUUUAAAAACUGUUUCUUCUUUUUGAAACAUGUGACCCGAUAACUGUGUGCCAUGGAAUUCUGUCUUUAGAGUCCUACCCCAUUUUCCCAGUACAGAAUGAGGAGAAAAUGAGAGCAAGCCUCCAGUUCUUCAAAAUACACUUUUUUAUACUUCUUUUAUAUUGUAUUAAUGU